CUCGGAGUAAUGGGAUCAAAUGGAGGCUGAAAAGCAGCGUUCAAAGCGUCGGAUAUCAUCAGGUGUGGGUGUGAGGAGUGAGGACGGAGAGAGUCACCUGCCUACGUGCACCCCGAAUCAGCCGUCACGGAGGCGGCUGAGCGACGAGACGGCCUCUUCACUCGAGACGAGCGGCCCUGCCGCUGCCAACGAGGAGCUGGAGCGAGCCUGGCUUGUGGAUGAAAGCAACAUCGUGAGGUCACGCGCUGCCAACUCCUUUGGGUCACCCAACGGAAUGGGGUUCGCGCUGCGUGCGCGCAUGCACAACCGCGUGGCACGGGAGCACGCCGGCCACUGGCCUCCUGCCACCAUCGCCACCGCUGCCACCACCGCUUCACGUCUGUGCCACAGCACCCUGGCUACGGAGGGCACGCACGUGCCAGGAUUCGCCAGACGCCAGCCAGGGGAUUGGAGUCACUUCCCAGGGGCUCCCCCAGCAGCAGCAGCAGCAGCAGCGAGCACGCACGCCGCCACGUGCCAGGCCUCCCGACUCGCCGAGCGGCAGGGGGCAAGGCUCAAAUCGAGGGAGCUCAAAGCAGCGGUACAGAUUUGCUGAAUCCACACAACCGCGUGUCUCAGCAAAGCGCAACGCACUGCCAAUUAUUUCACUUUCAC